AUGCGGGUUAGUCUUCAGGGAGAAUGUUUAGGCAAAAUAGUACCAAGACAGGGAAAUGAGGGCAUAUGAAAUAUUGUUUUUGAGAGAGUAAUCGAAGAACCAAAAAAGUAUAUAAAUUGUUCAGAGAAAACCAGAAUUCCUUUCCUAACUGGAAGUGAUGUAUGACUUAAUGUAUAUGUGUACAUCUACAUAAGUGUUUUACAUUUUUUUCCAGGAAAGGAGCUGAAGGAGUAGAUUGUAUAGUUUUACAGAGUCACCAAACAAAUCCUCCCCCAAUAUGGUUGAGAUGUUGGGAGCAUCCCAGGCAGUGCUCAAGACUCCAGUGGGCCUUGCUUCUGAGCCUAGCAGGCCAAGUCAGGGGAAUGAUAGGAUAAGGCAACUCUUUUCAUUUCUCCUUUGGGCUGUUACCAUAGCAUCUUUAGACUGAUGAGGUCAGGCACCAAACCUAUCUUGUUCAUGGGUGGUUCCACAGAGACUUUCAUAGUACCUGGCGUAUAGAAGAUGUUGGAUAGAUAUUUGUUAACUCCCUUUAAAAAAAAAAAAACAACUGUAUUCUUUUCUUAUUCCCUUGCCUGUGAACCUUGAAUGGCCUAUCAGACUAAGCCUAGCACAUAUUACUAAAUGUUUCUGAACUGAAUUGAACAAAAUGGGAAACAAAAGCAGAGGAAGGGUAAGAUGAACUCUAUUUCUGUAGGCUGGAAUGAAGGGAACACACCAAGUAGCUGGAAUGGCAGAAGGCGCAUGGCAUCUACAGGAAAGAGACUGCUUCUUCCCUUCUUCCAUCCCGUAUCCAGAAAGUUGAGAAGGAGGUGGAUGGAGUAAGGUGAGGUCAGUACUUAACAGAGAGGAAAUAAUUGGACAUGGCUAAGAGAUUUUUAUCAGAAGCAAUAUAGCAGGUGCUUCAAGAGCCAGACAAUGGUGUUGCUAUUGCUUCCAUACUUCAUAAUCCAAGACAAGCAGAGAAGAGGGACUUCUCCAGUCUAGAAAAAUGUUCAUCCUUCCUCAGAACAUUUCAACUGUGAAGAAAGAGAUUGUGCUUAAGCCUCAGAGAGAUGGUGAUGGUAAAUCAGGAACAGUGAGAGGGAGGGUGAGCUUUUUGUGAGGGUUAGGAAAGUAGGGGAAAGGGGAAGCUUCUUGUUUGGGGGAGGUGUUGCUGUUUUGUUUGUUUCUGUUUUGUUUUGGCAGGUGUGAUGGAGUCCUGAACGGGUCUAAUCUAGGGCUGGAGUUGCUCAGGAACAUUUUCACAUCAAAACCCACUUUGCCUCUCUUAAUCUGGGCAGCUCUGGCUGAGGACCAGACCGGUAGUAACUGAUGAUCCACAAUAGUGCGGUAUCCAGAAUGGAUGUCCUCUUUGUAGCCAUUCUUGCUGUGCCACUUAUCCUGGGACAAGAAUAUGAGGAUGAAGAAGGACUGGAAGAGGAUGAUUACUAUCAGGUGGUCUAUUAUUACACAGUAACCCCUAAUUAUGAUGACUUUGGUGCGAAUUUCACUGUUGAUUACUCCAUGUUUGAAUCAGAGGACAGGCUGAACAGGUUGGAUAAGGAGGUAACGGAAGCACUAGAGACUACCAUUAGUCGUGAAACAGAACGUGCAGACUAUCAGAAGCCUGUAACAGUGAGACCAGUGACAAUGGAACCACAGAGUCCAGAUCUGAAUGAUGCUGUAUCCAGUCUGCAGAGUCCUGUUUCCAUCCUCCUGUCCUGGGCCCUCGUUCAGGGUGGGAUGUAUUUCAUGUAGAAGGAGAGAGAAGGCUGCUACAACUCUGUAGAUGGGGAUUUGGGAAGAGGAAAUUGGAAGAUAAAAUAAAUAAGUGAAAUAAUCUGGC